AUGCUUAAUAUUUUUAGUUUGAUCUGUAUAUACCUUAAUCCUGCUCUUUAUUCCAGUAGUUUUUUCGUCGCCAAAUUGCCCGAAGCUUACGCUUUUUUGAAUCCAAUUGUAGAUGUUAUGCCAGUAAUACCCCUGUUCUUUUUUCUCUUAGCCUUUGUUUGGCAAGCUGCUGUAAGUUUUCGAUGA